AGCGAGUCUCCUGGAGAAGUAUGGGGGAAUUUCGUUUUCUCCGAGUCUGUAUGCAAGUUCCCUCGACACACGCAUGCAACAUCUUCACGAUUUUUCAGAGAAGCAACAAUAUCUGAUUCCAAACGGUAAAUCAAAACUUCUGCUUGAGUACAGCUAUGGAUUCAUUAUUCAAAUUAUAAAAUUAGUUACUAGCACAAUUACGAUCACGAUAGUCAUGGUUUUAUCAUACUUUAUUUGAACAAACUCUUGUCGU